GGGGAGUUGCUUAGCCCGUGUCGCUGUGACGGCUCUGUGCGGUGUACCCACCAGCCCUGCCUCAUCCGCUGGAUCAGCGAGAGAGGCUCCUGGAGUUGUGAGCUCUGCUACUUCAAGUACCAGGUUCUGGCCAUCAGCACCAAGAACCCACUGCAGGUACAGGAUCUGUUUGUUUCGUGCUUGUGUGUGUAAGUGACUACAAGUGCUGCACUAUACCUCAGGGUUUCCGUACCAAAUCCAAGGUAUUCUGUGAAUGCUGAAGCAUCACACUCUAAUGUUCCGAAAAUACAUACAAAUAUAAAAAAACACUUUUUCACAUCUUCCUGCCUGCGGCUGCGUGACAUCAGUGCACAGAUAAUUGUCUCCACCAAAAAGACACACACAUUGAUCCACCUCUCCCUCUCUCCCCUUCCCUCUCUCUCCUUCCACCUCCCCCUUUAUCUCUCCUUCGCCCCCUCUCUCUCCCCCUCCCUCUCUUUCCCUCUCCCUCUCUGUAUAUCCCACCCUCUCUCUCUCUCCAGUGGCAAGCCAUCUCUCUGACGGUAAUUGAGAAGGUGCAGAUAGCAGCCAUCAUCCUGGGUUCUCUGUUCCUUAUCGCCAGCAUCUCCUGGCUGGUGUGGUCGUCCCUCAGCCCUUCGGCCAAGUGGCAGCGCCAGGACCUGCUCUUCCAGAUCUGCUACGGCAUGUACGGCUUCAUGGACAUUGUGUGCAUAGGUAAGCUAGAAGGUUCUACGACGUAGACCUCACUGAUAUACUAUCAUUUUGUGAUUGCAAUUGCAGGUAUGUGCUGAGUUGCAUAUGACAAGAAAGGAGAAUACCUGCAUGCUCCCAGAGUUUGAAUGUAGGAACGGUGGUUGAAAUGUUCCAGUGUUACAGCAAGACUUGAGGUCUAGGAUCUAAACAGUGUACUGAUAUUCUCCUUUCUCUUCAUAAGCUUUUGUGAUUGGUCAAUCUCCUGACAGUUACUAUGUCUGACCUGAACUUUGAUAUCGUUUUUUUACCGCUUUGGUGCAAUUUUAACAAGUAUGUGGUACAUUUUCAUAACUAUUAGUACAAAACUCAAAAACAGUUAAUCAUAAAGGCAGUUGUUUCAAAACUCUAAGCACACUUUCAAUUGACUAAGUACAACACACAAAAAUCAUAAAGUCACUUUUUAUUUUGUUAAAUAACAUUUUACUGUUACAUAAUCUGAUCGCUCUUAAUUGAUGAUCGCUUAAACGUUUGGUAAACCUAUAGAUUUUACAUGUAAACUGGUUUGUCUACUACAUUUGUAAAGUAGAAACAUAAAAAGUAUGUUAUUUACUCAAAUGUACUACUACUAUGAUGACUGUUAUGAUUUUAUUUCACAGUAAGUUUUUUUUAAUCUGAUAUUGACAAGACCAGAGAUGUGCAACAAAUCAGAUCAAAUUGUAUUAGUUGCAUAAACAGAUUAGCAGAUGUUACAGCAGGUGUAGCGAAAUGCUUAUGUUUCUAGCUCCUACAGUGCACUAAUACAAUAUCAAUACAAUACAAUAGGAAUAUGCAAAUAUCCAGAAAGUCCGAAACAAGAAAGAAAUGCAUCCCCUAUACCAGGGGUAGGCAACCCUGGUCCUGGAGUCCCACUUCAUGUUUUUUAUUUAACCGACCUGGAAGACCAGGUGUGUUGAAUUAAGGCAAUCACUGAACUGAUUAGUUAGCUCAGUUUGUCAGGCGUGGGAUCUAGUUGGAACAAAAUACCUCCUACGAAUCCUGCCCAUCACCGGCAGGUAAAAUCAAAUCAAACACUGUGCGUGUCACUCAACACUCUCUCUCCUCCUCCACUGAAGUAGCAUAUCUUUGCUCCUUGGUGCACCUUGGAAGGAACCACUUAUUAGGGAGAAUAGGUGGGUACUCUUUUCCUGGUCCAGUCAGUGUGCCCCCUCCGCAAACUACAGCUGACAGAUCUUUUUAUAAAUCAUUGUUAUCAAAUGUGGGCUUAAAAAUGAACUUGAGUUAUUAAUUUAACGUCUGAAAAAUAAAUAAAAAACUGGACAAAUCUGAGGGGGCACGUGCCUAGCAACCUUGCACAAUGAAAGGUUUUGAAUGCAAGACUGGCUGCAUUACAAGUGUUACCAGUUUGGAGUUUUGUAGUAAGAGUUUAGAUUGUACCAAAGUGAUAAAAAAACUAUUGAUUAUUUUAGCGUUCAUGGUCAGUUCUCCCUGUAGCUUGUCAGCUGUGUGUGUGUUUGUAUAAUUCAGUGAGUGAGAGCAAUUUGUUUGUUUUGCUCAUUUCUGUUUGGGCUUUCAUCUCACUUAGGUCGUAGUCUGUGUGAUAUGUAAUGCUGAAAAUGUUCAGCCACUUCUGAAGAGCCUUGUACAUCCAGACUGUUUAAAUAUUUACAGCAUACUUGUGCAAAGGUAGCCUACAAUCAUUUCUGCUUGAAAAGUGUUUUUUUCCCAGAGUGUGUUCUUACUUUCUCUCCCGUCUUUCGCUUUCUCUGUGUCCUUUCGUCUGUUUCCCUCUUUGUCUGGCUAUUCACACUCUGCAAUCUUUCACUUCUCUCCAUCUGCUUGCCUUCCUCCUCCCUACAUAUAUUUUCUAUUCGCUGUCUCUCUUUCUCCUACCUCUUGUAUCGCUCCUGCAUCUCUCACGUUCAUACCUGUCCUCUCUCUCUCUCCCUCUCUCUCUCUUACUCGCCCAUGUCUGUCUGUCCAUGUCUGUCUGGUUUCUCUGUCUAGGUCUUAUAAUUCAUGAGGGAUCGUCUGUAUACCGGAUCUUUAAGCGCUGGCAGGCGGUGAACCAGCAGUGGAAAGUACUGAACUAUGAGAAAGACAAGGACCUGGGCGACCCCAUCAGCUCCAGCGGUAAGGGUGGGGGGCGUGGGGGGCGAAACCCUCCCCACAGCUCAGCCGGGGCGGACAGGGGAGGCCGGGCAGGCCAGCGUGUUAGGACUAUUCUCAACCACCACUGUGGCUACACCAUCCUGCACAUCCUCAGCCAGCUGAGGCCCAGCGAUGAGCGCAUCAGCGCCACAACCAACCGCGAGGUGGUCAUGAGGGUCACCACCGUAUGA